AUGACUAUAAAUGAAGGAAGCAAGACAUCGUUAAAGCUUGAUGACAAGGGAAGGUUCAAAUAUUUUUUUGCAUCUUAUGGAGCUUGGAUUAGGGGGUUUGUGCAUAUGAGAAAAGUUUUAGCCGUUGAUGGAACAUUCUUAAGAGGUCGUUACGAUGGAGUUUUGUUGUCUGCUGUCGCACAGGAUACAGAAAAUCAUGUUUUUCCUGUUGCAUUUUGUGUAGUAGAUAAGGAAUGUGAUGCCGCAUAUGAGUACUUGUUUGAGAAAUUGUUGGACAUAGUCCCUGAUACUUCAGAGUUGUGCAUUAUUUCUGAUAGGCAUCCAAGCAUAGAAAAAACACUAUCAAAAUUUUACUUUGAAGCAUACCAUGGAUGUUGCACGAGGCAUCUUGGUGAAAAUGCUCGUAAAAAUUUUCAUUGUGGAGCUUUUCUUGGACAUUAUUACCAUGCAACAAAAGCAUAUCGGAGAGAUGUGUUCCAUGACCAUUUUGAACAAAUCCAAAUUAUCAAUGCGGAGGUCGCUGAUUAUCUUGAGAAUGUUGGGUUUCACAAAUGGAGUAGAGCAUAUUUUCCAGGAAACAGAUAUGAUGUAUUGACCUCAAAUAUUGCUGAGUCUGUUAAUGCAAUGUCCAAUGAAGCAAGAGAAUUUCCCAUUAUUGCCUUGUUCAAUGAUAUAAGCAAGAGAUGGUCGGAAAAAUUUCAUGAGAGAAGAAUGGCAUACGCCAAGUUAAAAACCACUUUCAUUCCUUCAGCUGAAACUAAAAUAAUGGCUAAUAAGAAUCUGGGAAAUAAAUUAUUGGUCCAUCAAAUUGAUGAAGACACCUUCAGCGUCACCACGGACAAUGGAAUCGCAAUGGUCCAUCUUCGAAGUAAAAUAUGUUUGUGUCAAGAGUUUGACUUGGAUAAAAUACCCUGUCAACAUGCUAUGGCUGCGCUCAGACACAAAUUUGGAGAUGAAUAUGGCAAGAUGAUUUAUGAGUACUCUUCUCCGUAUUAUAAGGUAGAGUCAUAUAUACUUGCAUAUGCAGAUCCCAUCUAUCCAGUGCCAGCUGAAGAAUUUUGA